GCCUUUCCGCUCUCCGUACAGGAAUGUGAGCACUGCAUUACGUCAGUCAUCCUGCCCGCGGCGAGAGAACAGCUCCGUCCAGGAGGUCUCAGCUCACUGCUUUCUCUCUCUCUCUCUCUCUGUGGAGGAUUAAAGGCGUUUGUGUUUUCUUCCUGCUGUGUUUAGAGGUGGGAAUUUCGGACGGGGAAGAACGAAAGCGUGAAGCGGCUCAUGACAGCUCUCCUCUUCAGUAUGAGGAGUUAGUGAAAAAACAAAAAAAGGGACCUGAAUAUCGACGACACUCUCGCGGAGUAGAUGGAGGAACCAGGAGAUAAGUGUUACUGUGUGGGCUGUAGAGGAAAGAUUCAAGACUCGUUUCAAAUGAAAGUCCUCCAGGACACUUGGCACAACGCCUGCUUCAAAUGUUCUGUGUGCUGUGACCACCUGACUAACUGGUACUAUGAGAAGGACGGCAAGCUGUACUGUCGCAAUCACUACUGGGAAAAGUUUGGAGAGCUCUGUCAUGGUUGCUCUCUGCUCAUGACUGGACCUGCGAUGGUGGCUGGAGAACAUAAGUACCAUCCUGAGUGUUUUGUUUGCUUGAGCUGCAAGGUGGUUAUUGAAGACCGGGACACCUACGCUUUAGUCGAGAGGUCAAAACUGUAUUGCGGAAAGUGCUACAAGCAGGAGGUUCUCACACCCAUGUUGGAAAAACGCUCGUACGACUCGGUCCUGGACUCCCUGCCCCACACGGUGACCCUCAUCUCGAUGCCUUCUGCAGCCAAUGGGAAGAGAGGCCUCUCUGUGUCAGUGCUGAGGGAUGUCAAUGGCUCAAUGAGUGUUCACGUCAAAGAGGUCAGAGGAAUGCUUAUUAGUCCAGAGGUUCGAAAUGCCAUCCAUGUUGGAGACAGGAUUCUGGAGAUCAAUGGCCUUCCUGUGGCGACAUUGAUGGAGCAGGAGGUGGAUGAUCUUAUUCACCGUACCAGUCACACGCUACACCUUCUGAUAGAGUAUGACCCAGUCAGGCAUCGUUUGGACCGGCUAAGGCUGGAAUCACCAGGGAACCGGCUAGGAGUCCCAGCCACCUCCCGCAUGCGCAUGUCCUCACCAUCUGACACGGUGCUGGAGAGGACAGAUGUGGUUGACGAUGGCACACUGAAAAGGAGGUCUUUAAGGCGUAGUAACAGUAUAUGCAAGUCACCGGGACCAACUUCUCCUAAGGACCAUCCAUUUAUUACACGAGACAUUGGGCGCUCGGAGUCCUUGAUAUCCUCCGCUAGCUGCUCUCACCGCAUUUUUCGGCCAUGUGACCUCAUACACGGAGAGGUCUUAGGAAAAGGAUUUUUUGGACGGGCGAUCAAGGUGACUCAUAAAGCCACAGGCGAGGUGAUGGUGAUGAAGGAGCUGAUCCGGUGUGAUGAGGAGACCCAGAAAACGUUCCUUAAAGAGGUCAAAGUAAUGCGAAGCCUUGACCAUCCCCACGUUCUGAAGUUUAUCGGCGUGCUGUACAAAGACAAAAAGCUCAAUUUGAUUACUGAGUUUAUUGAGGGCGGCACGCUGAAGGAUUUCAUCAGAGACAUGGACCCAUUUCCAUGGGAGCAGAGGGUGAGCUUUGCAAAGGGUAUCGCGUCUGGCAUGGCCUACCUCCACUCAAUGAGCAUCAUCCACAGAGACCUAAAUACUCACAACUGUCUGGUUAAACUGGACAACACUGUAGUCGUUGCUGAUUUCGGACUGUCCCGACUCGUAGUAGAAGAGAAAGUUAAACCUACCAAUAAGAAGCGUUUUAGACGGAUUGAUCGAAAGAAGCGGUACACCGUUGUGGGGAAUCCUUACUGGAUGGCUCCAGAGAUGCUAAAUGGUAAACGUUACGAUGAGAAGGUGGACAUUUUCUCCUUUGGAAUUGUUCUCUGCGAGAUCAUUGGACAAGUCUACGCGGACCCUGAGUGCCUCCCCAGGACUUUCGACUUUGGCCUAAAUGUUGGCAAGUUUGUGGAGAAGUUUCUCCCUGAAGACUGCACACCAGCCUUCUUUCCUUUGGCUGUAGCCUGCUGUGACCUCACACCAGACAACCGUCCACCUUUUCAGAAGCUUGAGGACUGGUUUGCAGCUCUGUCCCUCAAUCAGGAGCUGGGAAUCCCCCUGCCAGCCGAACUGGAAGAACUGCAUCAGAGCCUGAGUCGACUUUAUUGGCCUAAAGACGGCUCUCCAAACCAGAGCUCCGAUCAGUCGUUAACCCCAGUGGCAGCCUCUCCAGAUUGCUCGAGCACGACAGACAAUGGCACCUAGGACUUCUGCCUGUUCUGUCUGUAUUUACUUUAGUGACACCUCUGACCUGCUGCACUGUGGAUGUGUAAAAAGAGGAAAGUUGUAUUGAACCCGAGCCGUAUUAAAACUGAUAACCUGAGGUAGCUGGAUCAAUCUGUGUUUUUGGGACUUUAACCCUGUGAAUACCAGUGAACUGCAAAGAUAGUGCAAAAACAUUUCAGAAUUACAAGUGUUUACUAAUUCCUCCUGUGCCACUCAUUACAAAGAAGAUUGUUCACUCUGUAUAAAGACAAAAGAAAAACGUCCUCCUUGGCAGAGGGAAAGACUCUUUCUUUCUAAGGCGGAGGACUUUAUGCUCCCACGUGACGACAGUUUUAUUUUCUUUCGGGUUUCUUUUGGCUCUGGAGUUGUUGUUGCUGUGUGUGGAAUGCACAGAUCGGUCCUUGCCCAACAGAGGAGUCACUUCACUUCAGCGGCAAAGAAAACAAAGAUCCUUGACAGUCUAGCUCAUUGGCAUGUUCAAAUAAACAGGGCAGGACACACAAAAAAAAAAUAGGUGUGACCUUGGGCAGCAAAGAAAGCAAAACACACCGUUGCUGCUGAGAAUUCACACAUGAUGGCAAAGAAAUGUUCAGAUUAUGUUUAUUCCAAGCAUCACUCAUCUCAUUUUUGAUCAUGGAUCUGUGUACUUUCUAGCUUAAUUAUUUUAAUUAUUUUACCAAAAUGUGGAACGAACACCGUGCAGAUGUUUUAUUUCUGUCGGGGGUGGAAAAAACGGGACAAAAGCUCUUUUGCAGUUUAGGACUGUUAAUAAUGAUUGUCGGACAUAAUCAUGCAAGAGCUGACUGUUUGGAAAAAGAAAAGAACUGCCUUUGUACAGGACUGGAUAUUUUCUCCACUGUAUAUAAGUAUGUACAUAUUGUAGCACUAAUUUGACGUCUUGUUUUUUUUCUUCUUUUUUUAAUGGGACUUCUAGAUUUGUAUAUUUUAGACAUUUCGUCAGCGAAUGACAUUUUGGCCUUUUUUGCUAUCAUCAUUCAGGGUACUGACAACCAGCUGUAACCACUAUUAUUUAUAUUAAUGUAGUGUUUCAUAAAUAAACCUUCUGAAA